AUGACCACCCGAAGGAGCGCCAGGCUCCACGCUCUGCACGACCGGGCGCCUACAAGUGCCCAAGAUGACUCCGGCCCUGAUAUGUCUAGCAAAACAGGCAAGCGAAAGGGAACAGUGAGCGAAUUGCAUGAAAAGCCCCUCGUCAUCGGUAAUGCGAAAAGACAAGCGUUCAACAAUGAUGGAAGGCCAGCUACAAAGAAAGCGAGGGCAGAAACUAGUCGUAAGAAGGCUGAAGUACUAUCCACGAAGUCACCAAUGUGUACAACGACCGACCUUCUUUGGUCCUGUCCACGAGAGAUUCUGAACUUGAUUUUGGACCAUAUCGAGGAUACUAGAACGCUCGGAAGACUGAGCUGCACCAACAAGAGCUACUUUGCCAUAGUUGCGCCUCGACUCUACGAACGCAUCGAUGUCUCUGUAGCUUAUCAUGCUCAUAUUCCCAAGUUAAUCCGAACUCUUGAGCCUUUUCUGUCUAUUAAUCAAAGAAAACAACUCAGGAAGGAGGGCCAGUACCGAGGCCAGCAAGAAAGCUUUCCAAACGUUGUUGAUCCCCAAAAGAAGCCUCGGUUUGGGGAGUACGCCCGUCAAGCCAGUCUGUUUAUCGGCGACCCAGGGAAAAACCACAAGUUCAUUGUGAACCGGUAUGUUGAGGAAGCUCUAAAGAAUAUGUCCAAUCUUGAGGUCGUCGAAACCUCCAGUAUUACAGAAUCUAUUUCCAAGAGUUUAGCAAGCCAAAAGAAUCUCAGAGCCUUGAGUGUUUCUGCCGGUAACCUGGGAGAAAGCGAAGCAAAACCGCUAGCCAAAAUCAAAGACCUCAAACACUUGGCCAUUCAUCUGCUCGGUUUUGCUAGCCCCAAUUUCCGAAAAGAUAACACUCCAUUAUCCUUGAUUCUAAAUUCUCGGGCGACCCUUCGAAGUCUGGACAUAGAGACUGGAUCAUUUAGCUCUGUGUUCCUGGAUGACUGGCCGAAAGGCAAGAGCCUUACCUCACUCAAAUCAUUCUCUCUAACUGGAGCCACUAUUGAUGAAGACUUUCUGAGUGCUCUAGCAAAUGCUGUCGACUUUGUUGCGCUAGCAGAAUUGAAGUUUGGCUAUCUUUCACAUGACCUCAAGAUAUUGUUUGAGUAUCUCAGCGAUGUCUUCUCGAAGGCUCGAGAUGAUCAAAAGGCCAAAAUUAAACUGCGCGAUUUGGACAUUGAAAUGGGAAAGGAAACCUCUUUCGCGGUACCCGAGGAGCAAGAAGCACAUGUUGACGCCAGAAUCGACUUUAUAUCGUCUUUCGACACUUUGACUUGUCUGGAGCUGCAUGACUACGGCCAAUACCGUCAAGAGAUCACGGUCAACCCUGGUCUGAAGAGCUCACUCGUCAGAGCUAUUCUCAAACAUGAGAAACUGACCAAGCUGAAGAUAUCCUAUAGGGGCGUGACGAGUGGCUACAAAAUAACGUGCUUGGAGCCUGACACAGUCUCGACUCUGGUUGAUAAUCUUCCAGCGUUGAAGGUAUUUGAGUUUAUUCCAGAGCCGACCAAACUUGCAGACAUUGCUAGAAUAAUAUGCCGUGGCCGCAACCUGGCAACCGUCACUCUUAUUACCGGCGGCUCAUGGUCCAGCCUUGCUGAAAAUCAGGAGAAGGGCUUGGAGUUCCUGCACGCAAUUUUUGAGCAAGUUCUGAACGGCGGUGUGAACAGCGCUGCUGGAGUCUUUAAAUGGGAAGACUAUAGCAAGAUCACACGCGUGGCCGUGGAUUGGAUGAUAUGGGAAGUUGGAUCGAAACUCGGCAAGGCCAAAAAAGGAAUGAAAAAGGCAAAGAAGAUGAGCGUUUCAGUUGGAAAGCAGAAGCGAGAGGUUUUGUAUCGUGAUAUCGCGGAUUUCAUUCGCGUUCCUCUUCUCAAUGGGCUUGGGAGCAAAUGGGUAGACAAGGUUAAGAACGAUAUCAAGUAA